AUGGCUUCCCAGCUUCACUUCCUCUUGAUUCCCUUAUUAGCCCCUGGCCACACCAUCCCCAUGAUCGACAUGGCCAAACUCCUCGCACAACGGCGGAAUGUGAUGGUGACCAUCGUCACCACACCCCUCAACGCCAUCCGGUAUGGUCCUUACCUCCAAGAACCCAUCAAAUUGGGACUCCAAGUCGGUUUUCUUGAACUUCCUUUUCCGGCGGCUGAGGUUGGACUACCGGAGGGAUGCGAAAGUGGAGAUGCUAUACAUGCUCUAGAUUUAGUCCCCAAAUUUUCAGCUGCAGUUGAUAUGUUACAACAAAGACUCGAACAACGUUUUGAAUCGCUGGAUCCUCGACCCAAUUGCAUUUUAUCCGAUAAAUACAUGCUCUGGACUGCUGAUACAGCSGCUAAGUAUCAGAUACCAAGGAUCAUUUUUGAUGGAAUGAGUUGUUUCAAACAGUUAUGUAGUCAUCAUUUGUAUGAAUCCAWGGUGUUCGACGAUUUGCCUGAGUUAGAACCUUUUGUUCUCCCUGGAUUGCCAGACCGGAUUGAGAUAACCACAUUGCAGCUGCCACCCGAGUUCAAUCAUAAUCAUAUGGCGCCAAGGGACCAACUCAAACGGGUGAGAGAAACCGAGUUGAGCGCUUAUGGGAUGGUGAUCAAUAGUUUCGAGGAGUUGGAGCAAGAAUACUUUAACGAGUUUAAGAAGUUGAAAAAUGGUCGGGUUUGGUGUUUAGGACCGUUGUCAUUGAACAAUAAUAAUGAUUUGGGAAAAGCGGUAAGAGGAAACAGCUCCUCUAUCAAUGAGGAGCGUAUCUUGAACUGGCUUGAUUCCAAAGAACCUGGAUCCGUAAUCUAUGCCUGUUUCGGUAGCAGUAGUCAGGUCAUCCCUCCACAACUGAUUGAGCUUGGUUUAGGCCUAGAAGCGUCUAACCGCCCAUUCAUAUGGGUCAUUCGAGCGGGUGAUAGAGCUAAGGAGAUCGAGGAAUGGAUAAAAGAAAACGGGUUUGAAGAAAGAACUAAAGAUAGAGGACUUUUGAUCAGAGAUUGGGCACCACAACUCCUAAUCUUAUCACACCCUUCGGUUGGAGGGUUCUUGACUCACUGCGGUUGGAAUUCCAUCCUUGAAGGAGUUUGUGCCUGCGUGCCACUGAUAACGUGGCCGCUGUUUGCUGAGCAGUUCUUGAACGAGAAACUAGUAAUCGAAGUGUUGGGGAUUGGCGUGGGGGUUGGCGCUCAACACGUUGUCCAUUGGGGUAUGGAAGACAGGUACGGGGUAACAGUGAAAACCGAGCAGGUCUUGAAGGCGAUACAGAAGGUGAUGGAUUUUGGAACCGAAGGAAACGAGAGAAGAAAGAAAGUAAAAGCAGUCGGGAUGGUAGCGAAAAAGGCAGUAGAACCGGAAGGGUCUUCUCACAAGAACUUGACACUAUUAAUACAAGAUAUAAUGGAACUUACAAAUGUUAAAAGCCGAGAGCCAUCAAGUUGAAACGACCUUGUCGAGU